AUGAAACCAAGUACAUUCCUCCUCAAUUGUCUUGCGCUGUCUCCCGUCUGGGCUCAUGACUACCAAGUCCCCCUCGAUGACCAGCCUGCCCUCUUUGAAGCAGCUGAAGAUGCGGUGACAUGGCUUUCGAAGUACGGUCCGCAAAUUGACCAAGGCUUUUCUGGUCCACUGUCCUUCUCGCACCUGCCGUACACGCGCUGUCUCGAGGAUACGACCACCCAGUUCGACAUCGCCCUGCUGGGCAUGCCGUUUGACACGGGUGUGACAUACAGACCUGGUGCACGUUUUGGGCCAUACGCUAUUCGUUCAGGGAGCAGGAGACAGAGAGAAACGCGUGGAUACACCCUCUCGUGGAGGAACAACCCGUACGAACAAGGCUCCAAAAUCAUUGACUGUGGUGAUGUGCCUGUGAGCCCAUUUGACAACGCGCUUGCUGUGGAUCAAAUGGAAGUGGCAUAUUCGACGCUCUUGGCCAGACCCAUAGUUAGCCAGGAUCCCGCAUAUCCUUCGUAUGUCAGCAAGUUCGCGAUAGACGGCAAAGAACAUCCUCGUAUUAUCAGCCUCGGUGGAGACCACACCAUCGUGCUUCCUAUCCUCCGUUCGUUGUACAAAGUCUACGGCCCCAUCUCGGUCAUCCACUUUGAUGCACACUUAGACACAUGGGCGUCAUAUCCCGGCCAGUCCUCUGAGCAGUCUCGUGUCACCCACGGCACUUUCUUCUACCUCGCACGCGAGGAAGGUUUGAUGUCCAACACCAGCAUCCACGCGGGCAUUCGGUGCAAGUUGGCGGGUGUGUCCGACCUCGAGAACGACGAGGCUGUAGGCUUCCAAUUGGUCUCUACAGACGAUAUAGACGACCUUGGUAUCGCAGAGAUCAUCCGGCGUAUCCGUGCACGCGUCGGUGAUUCUCCCGUCUACCUCAGUCUCGAUAUUGACGUUAUAGAUCCUGGUCUUGCACCUGCGACUGGUACUCCAGAAGCCGGAGGGUGGACCACUCGUGAAGUCAAGCGUAUCAUACGGGGGCUUGCGGGACUUAACUUCGUAGGCGCAGACAUCGUGGAAGUCGCGCCAGCCUACGACAACGCGGAAAUCACGGGUAUCGCAGCGGCAGACAUUGUCCACGACUUCCUGUCCAUGUUUGUGACCCAGGAGCCUCCCAAGGCGCCAUCCGUGCACCCCUUGCCGAAGGAGGAGUCGUCGAGGGAUGAAUUGUGA